CCCGGAAUGUGGCGUCGCGGUCAUUAAACCACGCGGGUCGUGCACGGCUGGGGCUGCCCGUCUGUCCAUCUGUCUGGAGCUGACAGCGCGCGUCUGUGCACACCGGGACCCCAGCGCAGCCUGCAUGUCAGACGGGUGGCGAGUGGCCGGCUCUGGACAAGAGGCUGCAGGGGCCACUCACAGGCAGGCAGCAGCGGGGCGCGGUGUCCCCGAAUCUGAGGACCCGUGAUCCACACCCAUCCUUGCAGCCCGGUUGGCCCCGCUGGGUGGCAGAGGGUGGGCCCGGGGUGGUGGUCUGAGCCUACAGCGAGGCCUGGCCCCGGGAGGAGGGGGCGGCUGCCACCUCCGCCUGACAGAGGGGGUCCAGGGCCAGCGGGGAGGUCCCCGUCCCGGCACCCUGCGCGUGGGGAGGGCUGGGGGCCGUGGUGGCAGGAAUUGUUUCCGUUGCACCUGGACCGACAGGGAGUGAGUGACAGCGACAGCUGAGGGUGAGGUGGGAAGACCCAGCGGUUUCCGGGAAGGAGCAGAGCGGCGGGGGUCGGGAGGUCCCAGGGGCCUGGGAGCGAAGCAGCCCGGGCCAGAGGGGCUGCGACACCGGCAGGCCGGGGGACCCCAGGGGGCCUUGAGAAGGAAAAGGCUGAGGGCCUCUGUGGCAGGCAGCCCCCCACGACGGGUGGCGCGCCCCAGGCCUUCCCUCCUGGGCAGCGGGGGACAGUGAGGCCAGAGCCCAGACCUGCCCUUCAGGAGCUGCUGCGUGGCAGGUGAGUGGGACGAUAGAGGGGUCAAGUGCAUGUAUCUGUCUUGGUGUGAAGGGUGGCGCAGGGCGUGGGGGGAGGGCAGCCUUGAGUCCAGGGCCGAUGUGUGAGCAAAGGCCUGAGGAGGGGGCUGUGGACACACCUGGGCGGAGGUGAUGCUCCAGGCUGUGGGCACAGCCCGUGCAAAGGCCCUGGGGCAGGACUGGGCCUGGUGUCGGACAGGAACGCUGAGGAGGCCUGAGUAUCUGGAGCAGAGUGACUGAGGGGGAGACGGAGGAGAGGAGGGCAGGGAGAGGAUGGGGCAGGUCGUGCAGGGCCUUGUGGGCCACAAGGAGGACCUGGGCUCCACCCAGGGAGGCGAUGACAGGACUGGCCACAAGCAUCCGGAAACGGUGAAAGGCGGGCAGGUUCUGGAUUUCUUGUUAAUUUUCUUGUGUGAAGUAAAGUGUGCAGAGCAUAUUAAGGUGUACAAUUUGCUGCUUUUUGGUACAUGUACUAUGCUGUGCCACCAUCUGUCCAAUUCCAGAACAUUCCACCUCCCCAAAAGAGGCCGCGUCCCCAUCAGCAGUCACCCCCAGCCCCCGACAGCCACUGAGUCCAUCCUCUGUGUCUGUGGAUUUGCCUCUUCUGGACAUUUCCCAUCAGUGGAGUCACACGUGUGUCUGGUUUCUCACUGAGCCUCACGUUCCCAAGGUCGUGUCCGUGUGUCACUCCUUUUCAUGGCCGAGUAACAUUCCAGUGCGUGGAGGGACCCUGUGCUGGGUUUCUGCCCUGCGGCUGGUGGGCGUUUGGGGUGCUUCCCCUCUUUUGCCGCUGUGCACACGCGUGUGCAGAUUCUCACGCUGGAUGUAUUUCGGAAACAGAUGAAGGACCUGAUGGAGGUGGGGGGAGAAGGGAGAAGCCGGGGCCUGCGGUGUCCCGACCUGGGCACCUGGACGGGUGGAGCUGAGGUUGUGGAAGGGAAAUAAAGACGCUCCUUUGGGUUCGUAGACGCUCAUGUGGGGUUGUUGGGGGCAGAGAAGAUGUGGGAGGGCUGAGCCCAGGCCAGCCUCCUCCGGCCUCUGGCCUCCCCUAGCCUGGCCCCUCAGCUGGGGGAGGGGGGCCGCGGCCUGGACAGGGGCCAGCGGGCCCAGCCGUUGCCGGGACACCGGGCCUCCUUUGUCGCUGUCAACAAUGGCCCCGCAGGCCUUGGAGGCAGGAGCCCCCGGGCACCCAGAGGCAGACAUGCAGACCCUGAGGCGGGAGGCUGCCCGGCCCUACGUGCCGCGGGGGACCCUGGAAGUGGACUUCCCGGCACCGCUCUGCAGCGAUGACUACCUGUCCCAGGAGGGGCCCCGCUGGACGCCGGCCAUCAAGCAGGCAAUGCGCUGGAAGUACACACCCAUGGGACACGACGCGGCCGGCCAGCUGUGGUACACGGGCCUGACCAACUCAGACUCCCGAGAAGCCUGGUACACGCUCCCUCGGGCGCCGGACAGCCCGUACCGCGAGGCUUACGCCCGCUGGCACGGAUGCCACAGCCACCGGGAGCGCAGCAUGCCCUCGGCCUGUACCCAGCGUCUGCGGGAGACCGCCUGGUACGACCCCAUCACCCCCGCGCAGUACAGGGACCCCGGCACGCGGUGGUGCGGCGUGCUGUGGAAGGACAGACCCAUCCGGGGCAAGGAGUAUGUGACCAACCGGCAGCGAUUCGGGGUGGAGCCGCUGUGGCGGGCGUCUGACUACGUGCCGUACCUGUCCGCGCCCCAGCGCCCGCGCUACACCACCCAGAGCUACCGGCAGUGGGACCUGGAACCCUACUGCCCAGCCACCCACCAGCAGCCCCCGCCCGUCUACACGCCCAGCCACUGAUAAAGGUCCUGCUGC